AUAUACAAACUUGUCCAUAACUAUCUCUUUUAUUCUUCGUCCACUUUUCCGAGUUGCAAAAGCUUUCGUUGACCGACGCUACUAUACACUUACAAAAAUGCAAUUUUCGACCAUUUUCCUUGCUCUCUUUGCAGGCAUUGCCCUCGCCAGCCCUACUAGUCUCGAAACUCGCCAGAAUACAGCUUGCGAUCUUUACCGCAAAGACUGCUUCUUUGGAAAAGGGAGUAAUGCCGUCUUUGAGAAGUGUCUGAAUACAUGCAACAAGGACUAAGGAUGCACGCUUACGCCCUAAUCGCCGCAAGGAACGAUUCAAUUGGUUACUGAUAUUUGGAAUAAUUGGUAUUGGCCAACUUGACACGUAGAAGUGUUUACAGUGGUUGGUGCUAUGGAUAUGAACCGCAGGC